AUGUUUUCACCAACAACCAUUCUCUUUGCUCUUGCUUUCUUCGUCAAUUCUUUCGUCGCGGCUUCCCCGCCUCCUUCAAAUGAAGCCCAAGCUUUGAAAUACUAUGGCUAUCGUCAGGAAAACCGGUUCAAUUGCAGCAUGGGAUUGCAGCAGAGGCGUGAAUGGAGAACGCUUAGCAACCCAGAAAAGGCGGACUAUAUUUCAGCUGUCAAGUGUUUGCAAGCGCAUCCAUCUCGAGACCCAGCCAUUCCGGAGGCGAGGACACGCUUUGACGAAUUUCAAGCUCAUCACAUUAUGAUCGCCGAUAAAGUUCACAACUUGGGUCAAUUUUUGCCAUGGCAUAGGCAUUAUCUCAGAAGUUACGAAAAGGCGUUGCGUAACGAAUGCGGAUACAAUGGGAGCUUCCCAUACUGGGAUUGGACUCAAGAUGUUGGCCCUAAUAAGACAUUCGCUGACUCUCCCGUCUAUGACCCCGUCCAUGGUUUUGGUGGCAACGGUGCCAUCGGGACAUAUACUCUCCCCCAAGCAAACGACACCGACAAUCGUAUUUUCCCAGAAGCCUUCCGAGGUUGUGUGGUGGACGGCCCCUUCGCUAAUCUCACACUUAGUGUAGGUCCUGGAAAACUCGUAACCACCCAUUGCCUCACCCGUGGCGAUAACGAGGACGCGGCGCGGAAAUACCUCAACGCCGCCGCUGAAGCCAAUGUGACGCGCUCAGCCAAUUUUGAGGUCUUCCGUGUCGAGAUCGAGGGUGAACCGGUUACCAGCGACCACAGGAUGCACGACGGUGGUCACGAUGCCAUCGGUGGAGAGAUGAGCAACUUCUAUUCCAGUCCUGGAGAGCCUCUCUUCUAUUUGCAUCAUGCAAAUCUUGACCGCAUCUGGUGGAAAUGGCAAUCAUCUGCCCCUUCUAGAGUCUACGAGAUCUCCGGUCCCUCUUCUAAGGAGGAUCCCAGCGAACAGGUGACUCUUGACUUUAUUCUCCUCAUGGGAAGCCUCGGUCCUAGCGUCACUAUCCGCGACGUUAUGGACAUUCACGCAGAACCCAAUUGCUAUACCUAUGUUUGA